CAAAAAAAAGCAAAUAAACUUUUGGAGGGAAUCCCUAAUUUUCGCCGGCGAAAUGCCUAGACGACGGCUGAGACUCCAGCACUACUCCUCCGACGACGACGAAGAAGAAGGAGAAGAUGAAAUUGGAGCAAGCGGAAUCGGCGAUUCUGCUCAGAGCAUUGGUCGUGCUCCUUCUAUUCAACCGGAAAGCUCAUCAGCGUCUAAUUUAAACCCUAACCCCGUCGAGCCGGAAGUUGAGAUUAUCGACGUAUCCGGUAAUCCCACUCCCUCGCCGCCGGAUUCCAGUAUUCCGGUCGAUCCGUCGGAGGCAGAAGUCGAGAACGGCUACGACUCGCCGAUGGCUGAGGCUCUCUCUCGAAUGGGGAUUAAGCUCAAGACGGAGUGGUGGGUCACUUGUCUUUCUGGGCUCGAAGUCUCCGUUCCGCAGUUCUCUCGCCUCGAAGUUGCGGCGAAAGCUAAGCAUUGCUUCGAGCAGUUUCUGUUUUGCGAUAUGAAUCUAUGCGGAGGUGGGGUGCUUCCUCGGAACGUUGCGUCUAUGGUUCUUGAAGAACUCCCUGGUCCGUUUGUUCUUCAGGUUGAUGAGAUUGUUAACAUUGGGUGUGCCCUCAAAGGGAGGUAUGAGAACGCUAAUGCAGGGCUUAAGAGGUGUUUGAAGCUGUCUAUGACUGAUGGUGUUCAACGUGUUUUUGGUAUGGAGUACAGACCUGUUAAAGAUCUGCAAGUCUUGGCUCCUGCUGGUUUAAAGAUUGUUGUGUCUAGCGUACAAGUUAGACAUGGGCUUUUAAUGCUAGUACCUGAGACUAUACAAGUUUUAGGAGGGAUGGUUGAAGAAUUGGAAGAAGCGCGAAAGCGUCUGGUUAUUGAAGUGAACAAACCUCCAAGAGGAAUAAGAACAAGGAACCGAGGGGUUGCUUCGUUGGCAACCAGAGCAAGUCUAGCUGCGUGGUCGCUAAAUGACAAUGAUACUGGUAACCAAGUAAACAGUUAUACCUCGGGAGAUGCUAGUCACGUUCAGGCCAAUGGUCAAGGCAAUUCUGUGAAUGUAACGAGAACUCAUAUCAGUCCACGGACAAUGAGUAAUCCUCCUGCUUCCACCAAUGUGGAAGCUGCUGUUUCGAGGGUUGAACAUAUGCAGAUUGAUACUGCUGCUACCCACGGGGAAAGAACGUUCUCUGGUUUGCACUCGACUUCUAGUAACAUUCACAUGACAGCUUCCACACCUCGUACUAGCUGUAGUGGUACAAGACCCUUUUACAACAGCGGUUGCGAAAAUACCUUGGAUCAACAAACAUCUAACGUGACUUCAUUCGUCGAAGAAAUGCAUAUCGACAAUGGUAGUGAAAGGGAUACAACGAGUCCGGUAUAUGGUUCAGGUUCAGGCGCUGUAGCUGAUGAUGAAGUCAGUAAUAUGGUUGUCGAUUUGGAAACCCCCUCUGUGAUGUCUACAAAUCCGGAGACACCUUUCACUUACUUGGCCGAGAUGUCUCAGAAUUGGGCAGUAAUGAAAGAUACCAUGCCUUUUGUUCAAGGAAGGAUUAAGUGCUUUCUAACUGGAGUGAAGAGAUUCCAGUUCAAGCAACAGUCUACUUUUGAGCUUAUAUGCUACGUCGAUGAUGGUAGUCUCAUCUGUGAGAUCUUGCUCCAUAAUGACGUUGUACAAAGAAGGAUAGGUCAUUCAUCCAUGGAGGUCACAGCUGCACUCUCCUCUUCAGCACCAACAAAAGAAAAUGCCAUGAUGAAGGAGAAACUAAAAGGCUUCCAGUUGUUUCUAGCUGACUUUGAGGGAAUGAUGGUGGUAGAAAUGAACAGAACGUCGCAAUAUCCAGUAGCUAUUGAGAUGAAUCAGGGAUGUUCAUCAACCGAUGCUCGGUUACUAUUUGAAAGAAUCAAAUCUUCUGGCAUAGCUCCUCCAGUUGUUGUUUUAUCCCCUUGAUCAAGUAGUCAAUCUAAAGCUUGUGAAACAUUGAGGGCUUUUAGUAAUUCGACCUCAUAAACCGGUUCAAUAUUGGAAUCGGGUAAUUUUAGUUUUGGUAGCUAAUUAUACCGGUUUUAUAACUUAGUACCAAGUACAGUACUAUUUUCUGUUCCUUUUACGGUUUUACCUAUAAGUUUCUUCUGCCAUGUUUGGAUAAAAGCACAGUGUAAUGUUGUUUGGUAGUUUCUCUUUAAUAAUGAUAUACAACACAAUCCUCUCAUCAGAUUCGAAUCUUGGAAGGUCUUCUAGGUAUAAUGCCUACACAAUAACAGGUCAUCUUCAACCAUCCAUCUCAGCUUCUUUGCCUUUACCUCCCACUAAGUGAUGUGAUCUAAAGACCUUUGUAAUUAAAGUUAGCUUUCUUUAUUCUAAAAGUUAUUUUAUUAAAUGAUUGUUUUAUAGAUUUGGCUCAUGUCUAAAUCUCAACAAAAUUCUUGAUGACAAUGAAAAUAAUUUCUAUCAUUUUCGGCAGAUAAAACUUAUUGGCUUUGUUUUGUUCUUUCAUAGGCCUACAUUUUCUCUUUUAAUGUGUUUCACAUAUAGAACUCGUUAACUGAGUGGACUUUAACAAAUAAUUGUACUAGCAUCAUCUUUUAGUUUUUUUUUUCCUUAUAAUGGUCCUACUCCAGUACUCCUAUAUCCGUUUUGUUUGUGUUUACGUUUGCAUGUUAACAUAUAGUGCGGUUAUUUUAGUAUUAAAUUAUGUAUUAAUCAACAUUUAUAUCUAGUUUGUUACGUAAAAGUUAAAUGCGAACAAAAGAUAAAGUAUACAUGCUUUUAUAACUCGUCUACAAACUAUAAACUAAUUUUAGUCAAAAGGUGUUCAGUUAGAAAAUAUAAAACAUUUAUUGUAGCAUAUAACCAAACUUAACAAGAAAAACAAUCAGGCCUUUGUGUAAGUGACUAACUUGUCUCUGAAACAAUCGAAACAUUAAUCUAAUUUCCUCGUAUUAAAUCUUUGAUUCCGGUAAGUGAGUGGACCUCCAGCAAACAUAUUGUACAGCUUAACAUGUCCCGUACGUCUUUAUUUUCUCAAUAUUUUCUCGAAAAUGCGAGACGUUUAAAUUAAUGUCAAGGUCUAAAGGUAGGCUUACCCACCUAAUCUAAGUUGUUCUAUAAUCUAUAUAAUUACGACUCUAUCAUCUAUGGUCCUAUCUAUAUUCUAAAAUAUAUAUAGAUUAUGGGUUUAAAAUCUUUCAGUAUGGUACAGAUCUUAGAGCAUGUACAAUGGUGGAUUAUAGCAAAUCCUUAGCUAUGAUCCUUAGCAUUUUAUCAUUAAACAAACAUUAAAAAAUGGUGCACAGUUAAGAAAAGUUAAGAAUGAAUCCUUAACUAAGGAUUAAAAGGAUGAAGUCCUUAAUGUGUUGGCGCUGUCUCAUUGGUUUGAGAUUAUUAAUUUUUUUUUUAACUCUAACCAUGAUUCUUAAACCUGAUUAGUAAUUUUAUUUUUAACUCUAACCAUGAUUCUUAAACCUGAUUAGUAAUUUUCUUUUAACUAUAACCAUGAUUCUUAAAUCUGAUUAGUAAUUCUUUUUAAACUCUAACCAUGAUUCUUAAACCUGCUUAGUUUGAAAAUUUGUGGACAUAGGUACAUUAAUGUUUGAAAACGAUCUUGGUUUCAUGCGAUUUGGGAUUAUCUUCUUCUCUUAUUUUGAAAGAGUCAAUCUAUUAAGGUUUCAAAACGAUUUGUGUUUGAAUUGAUUUGAGAAAGUCUUCGUUUGUAGUUAGUGUUUGAAAACGAUUUUUGUUUGUAGUUCAAAGAGGGUUGUGUUGUGUUGUGUUGUUAAGAUUUCGAUUCUGUGAUUCAUUACGAUUGGAGUGUUGUGUUCUUCAGAUUGUUUACCCAGAAGUACUAUCUUCUUCUCAUAGAUUAGUAUUACUACUGUGUGCUCUGUGAAUUAUUUAAUGUUGUGAAUUCUUUACGGUUUCAGAUUCUUUUCAGAUUGUUUAUAAGUCAUAUUCUUUAAUGUUGUGAAUGUAUAGGAGAACAAGUUGAUUACUUUUGAUGUCUAAUUUCUAUCUUGUAAAUCUCUUUCAGAUGAAAGAAACAUGGAACAAGAUUAUAUCUAAGGACUCCUAAUUAGAUAUACCAUUGGACAAACAUUUUUUAUUAGAAUUCUUAACUAUUCAAACAAAAAAAAAUUAUUAAAAUAAUGCUAAGGACUCCAAUGGUGGUAACACCAUUGGAGAUGAUCUUAGAAUUCCUGAGUUGAAUCCCUCUUCCCUCAUUAUAUAUAUUAUAUAUUCUCUCAGAAUAUAAUCAAAUAACUAAAUCUCUGUCAAAAUAAAAUAGGAUAAACUGAAGAAAAAAUGAAAAUAAAUUGGCAUAGGUGAGCUAAAAAGGAACGGUAUGUAUGAGAUGACAUCGAAAGGAGAAUACAUUGCUUGGCAGUUGCUGCCAAAAUCAAAAGUCUAAAAAAAUAAUUGGUAAUAGCAAUAGGGAUGAUCGGGAUGGAUAUAACAACUAGUUUUAGAGUUGUGUGAGAAAUUCAGGUAAAUGAAUCAAAAGAUGUUGAUGGUCUCGACCUGUGUUUUAAAAGGCGCAUGGCGCUCUAAGGCGAUGAGGUUGGAGCCAUGCGCCUUGCGCCAUGGCGGUCCAAGGCGCUCGCCUUAUAGAUAGUACACAUUCAAACAUAUAAUAGUAGUAUAGAGCUACAGAGGAACUUAGAAAUGCAUUGAUAGUUUUCCUAGGUUAGAAGCAUGUGUACGUGGUAGCUCUACACACUAUAACUGUAUGGUUAUGUACAAAAGAUAGUUAUAGAGUAGUUCAGACAGUUAGAGUCGUGUACAA